UUCAACCGGAACGACGUAUUACGAUAAUUAAAUUCCCUAUGCUACUCACUCAUCGCGUUCGUCUAAAAGAAUGAAUAAAUAUAACAUUUACGAUAUCUUUUAUUAUCGAGACGAGAAUUAAUAGGAGAUGAAACGUAUAGGAUAGGGAGAUCUAACAGUUCUGCUACGAGAGUUGCGAGAUGUUCAUUCGAAUACACAUAUACAUAAUACAUAGAUAGAGAAUACAUAUAUAUGGAGACAUAGACAUAGAUCGAGAAUGCGCGGCAAAAUAAUGGAACAAUAAUGGAACUUGAGGAUCACGCGAGACACGAGACACGAGUGCUAAUUUGUAACGAGAAGUCAAAUCGUUAACUUCAACGGAAAUGCCACUAGUACGAAGACCUAUGCGAUAUGCACAUCCGGAUGGACACACAGAUGUUUGCUAUUUUACUGGCGAAAAGAGGGGAUUGGUUACUUGCGGAUCCGAUGGAGACGUACGAUCCUGGUUGAAUUUAAUGGACGAUGAUCCUACUGCAAGCUGUGUUUCAGAGCAAGCGAUAUCAGUCAUAUCAAAGAAUGGCAAAAUAUAUGUCGGGAACGACAAUAACACGGUCCAAAUCCUCAAUUACCCAGACCUCGAGAAAGAAGGAAUAGUUACGAGAUUCUCAGCGUCGGUGUCCGCAUUGGCAACGACGAAGAAUAGUAAUAUGAUCGUAUCUGGGGGAUGCGACAUGAGAAUUCAGGUGAUCGAUAUUAGUACCUCGGAUAAUAUAGAACUAUCAGGACACGAAGCUCCGAUACUGGGUUUAUCUCUAGAUCCGAAAGAAGAAUUUGUGGCAUCGUCCAGCGCUGAUGGUUCGGUACGAGUAUGGAAUGUCAAAGAAAAGCGUGUAGCACAUAUUUGGCCUAACGUAGUACCCAAGUCUAACUCGUUUUUUACGGCUAAAACAUACGGCGUGCCUUCUUUCCAUCCUAGAGAUGGAGCCUGGCUUGCGUUUCCUAAUACAAAAGACGUCGUUCUGGUCGAACGAUCUUCAUGGAAGGAAUCGUUUCGUUUAAAAUGCGUUAAUAUAAAAAGUGAAAUUAGUAUAUGUAAGUUUUCUGAAUGCGGUACGUUGAUAGCUGCUAGCACAGUGCAGGGAGAGGUAAUCGUUUGGAACGUAGAAACUAAGGAGUUGAUCGGUUACAUCGAGCACGAACAGAAAACUAAAAUCACAGGAUUAUCGUGGAGCAUCGAUAAAUCCGAUGAGAUCGCCUUCUGCGAUGCGUUGGGUCAAUUAGGCUGCCUCGAUGUGAUAAUUCCCGACAAGGCAUCGACCGAUACGAUAACGGCCGAAACAAACGGGGACGUGAAAGACCUCGAAAUCCCGGAAGGAGAAGAGGAAGACGACGAUGACGGCGAAAAUAUUAUAUCUCUGAACAAGAUUAAAGCGUCCGUAGUAGCUGACGAUGACCAAAAAAGUGAAACAGAUGCGGCUUCCGAGAAGUCGAAACAUGAUAGAAAUGCCUUCGUUCCGGAGAUCAAUUUACAACCACCGUUUCAACCUGGGUCCUCUCCGUUGCACGUGUUAUCUCGCUUCAUGGUGUGGAACGAUACGGGUAUGGUAAGAUGUUUCACUUCGGAGGAUGGCGAGGAAUCUAGUAUCGAGGUGGAGUUUCAUGACGCGUCGAUCCAUCGCAGUAUGCAUAUUAAUAAUUAUUUAAGACACACGAUAGCUGCUUUAUCGCCGCAAGCACUCGCGUUGAAUUGUCCCUCGUCCGGUGAUACGCGCAGCAAGCUGGUCGUAAUAACGUUACAAGGUUGGGGUUCAGGGAACAAGGAAUGGUCUUUGGAUCUUCCCGAAGACGAGGAAGGGCAUUGCGUCGCCGCUGGUGAUAAUUUUGUAGCGCUUUCAACGUCCAGGAGACAUUUAAGAAUUUUUACUGUGGGAGGUACACAACGCGAAGUCGUCAGUCUGUCCGGCCCCGUGGUUGCAAUGAACGGGCAGAAAAAUGAUCUAGUAGUCGCUUAUCACAAUGGAAUAGGAGCAUUGGGCGAUCAGUGUAUGAAUUUAUCGAUAAUACAAAUUAGGGGAAUGAAUUUAUACAGUAGAACCGUAAACCUUCCUUUGUCGCCAUCGUCGGAAUUGAUGUGGCUAGGAAUGACGGAUCAUGGAUCACCGGUAACGAUGGAUGCCGACGAUGUCAUCAGAGUUUACAGUAAAAACUCUUCUCUGUGGAAAGUAGCUAGUGAUCUGAGCCAGGAGGCUAAAGGCAAAGCGGAUCAUUAUUUCCUGAUUGGAAUAAGCGAAGAGCAAGGUAUGGCUCGAUGCAUUUUGUGCAAAGGAAGUCAUUAUCCUCCGACUACUCCGCGUCCCGUGGUCGCGGAAAUACCUCUGACUCCGCCGCUCUGCGAUUGCACAAGCGAGAAAACUGAAAAGGAAUUGAAACUGUGGGGAUUGGGAAUCGAUCAUUUGGAAAAGGAGGAAUCAGUGCUGUCUCUUAUCGCGCUCGCCUGUCGAAGUAAUUUGGAGUAUCGAGCGGUAGAACUGUGCGAACAAAUCGCGACUGAGAAAGUCAUAGAAUUAGCAAUCAAAUACGCGCGGAGAAUAAAUCGAAUAGCGUUAGCCAACAAAAUCGAGUCAAUCGCCGACGCGAAGCAAGAGGAGAGGGAAAACGAGAGGGAAACGAGUAACGAGAACGAUGUGGAACAUAUCGAAAAUGAUAACGGAUCGUUGGGUGAUGAUACCCAAGGGUCCACGGUUUCGUUGUUUGCAACGAAAAAGCCGAAUAUGGAAAUUAAACCGUUAUCCGUGACCGAAGCACUGUCGGCAAGAAGAAGCAAUCCUUUCUCGAAGGGUGGAAAUUCUCCAACGACGAAAGGACUGGCUGGUUUAGACGUGACUCCGGACAAACCUCAAAAGUCUAUUACAUCGACGUCUUCGAUAUCUGCUUCGAAAUCCAAGACGAAUAAUGCGAGGAAAAAGGAAACGUUCAUCGGUUGGUAUGCUAAGAACAAGAAGAAUUUGCAAGCGGAGUUUCCCGAAUUGAGUCCUACAGAGUUGACGAAAACAGCUUUGAUGAAGUUUAAAGAGAAGGAGGCAAGUUCGCAAGACAGCAGUCCACCUUCGCAACCUUUGGAAUCUAAAAAAAGAAAGUUGAAACACGUCCCAUUAGACGUGAUACAAAAUGCUAUGGGCUCGAUGGGCCCAUGGCACAUCGUUAUUGCCAUAGCACUGUCUUUCGUCAAAUUUCCCGUUGCGUGGCAUCAGCUUUCCAUCGUGUUUCUUGCCCCGCCGACUAAUUACUCAUGUGCCGCACCGUUCUCAGUGUCUAACGAGUCAACGAUAAUGAAAUGCUAUAUCGACGUUGGGAACGGCACCAUGAAGAAAUGCACGAGUUUCAAGUACGACAAACGCGUGUUCAAAGAAAGCAUUAUAACUCAAUGGGAUCUGGUUUGCGAUAAAGAACAAUUAGCGAAUUUCGUACAAUCAUGUAUCAUGUUCGGGGUGCUUAUCGGUAACAUGGUAUUCAGCAUGAUGGCUGACCGGAUCGGCAGGAAAAAGCCUUUGAUGAUCGCAAUAGGACUGCAAUCGAUAAGUGGAUUUAUAAGCGCGUUCGUUCCAUGGUUCGAAUUGUUCGUACUAUUUAAAUUUACUUCUGCCGUGGCCACCGGCGGCACCAUGCUGGUCAGCUUCGUUCUACUCAUGGAGAUCGUGGGGGUGGAGUGGCGGUCAAUUAUCUCUGUCCUCUUUCACGUGCCGUUCUUACUAGGCUACUUGAUGAACCCUCUAAUUUCGUAUUUAACACGUACGUGGGACGGUUUUCAAAUGGCAGUUUCGAUACCAUCGCUUUUUCUAUUAUCGUACUACUGGAUCAUACCCGAAUCACCGAGGUGGCUGCUUGCCGUCGGCAAGCCAUCGAGAGCAGAACAAAUUCUAAUGAAAGCGGCUAACCGAAAUAAGAUACCGAUCGAAAACGUUAAAACUGCGAUCGAAACAUAUCACGACGUAGGAGGUCGUAAUAAGCGAAACAAAGAGAAAUACAAUAUCACGCAUCUGUUCAGAACUCCAAAUCUGAGAUUGAAAACUAUCUGCAUUUGCAUCAAUUGGUUCGUGUGCGGCAGCUGUUUCUUUGGACUCGCGCAAUACAUGGGGUAUAUCGAAGGGAACAUUUUCGUGAACGUUGCCGUCUCGGCCGCUGCCGAACUACCAGGGACGAUAGUAGUUCUACUUCUGAUAUCGCGUGUAUCACGUUUGAAAAUCCUGAUGGGUGGAAACAUUUUAUCCGCCGCUAGCUUACUCUCGCUGGCCGCCCUGUCGAAUUCGAACCUUACGGUGUUCUUAGCCACGCUGGGUCUCGCGGGAAUGUCGCUCAGCUUCCCGACGGUGUAUCUGUACAGCGGCGAGGUAUUUCCAACAGUGGUCAGAAACGUCGGCGUCGGUCUGGGAAGCGUCUGUGCAAGAAUCGGCAGCAUGAUCGCACCGUAUAUCGCAACAAUGGGAAAAGUACGACCCUGGCUACCACCGUUAAUAUUUGGAAUUGGCCCCUUGAUCGGUGCAUCCUUAUGUUUCUUGUUACCGGAGACGAUGAACUGCGACUUACCCGAGUCUCUCGAGGACGGUGAAAACUUUGGAAAGAAACAAGCCGGGCGAAACGUGGCAAAAUGAUAUUUAAAAAAAUGUUUGUUCGUUGACUGAACGCGUAAGUGCGCGCGUGAACCCAAUUACU